UCUUAAGGAAGUAUAUAAACCCACUCCAACCCUCACUCCAGAAUCACAAAUACUUCACAAAAUCUCUUCGUCUUCAACUUCAAGCAAUUUAACCAUCUCCUUUUAACACCGUUUUCUCAAGAGAAGGAAAAAUGAACAGGCCAGGAGAUUGGAAUUGCAGGUCAUGCAACCAUCUCAACUUUCAAAGGAGGGACUCAUGCCAGAGGUGUGGGGAGCCAAGACCAGGUGAGAGAGGUGACUAUGGAAGUUUUGGAGGGAGAGGUGGUGGCUCUGGCUCAUCUUUUGGGUUCAGUACUGGGCCGGACGUCCGGCCCGGUGACUGGUACUGCGCCGCUGCAACCUGUGGGGCCCAUAACUUUGCUAGCCGGUCAAACUGCUUCAAGUGUGGUGCCUCCAAGGAUGAAUCUUCUGGCGGUGGAUAUGAAGGUGACAACAUGAGUAGAAUAAGAGGCUUUGGCUUUGGCAGUGGCAGUGGCAGUGGCAGCUCCAGUCGCUCUGGCUGGAAAUCUGGCGACUGGAUUUGCACUAGGUCUGGAUGCAACGAGCAUAAUUUUGCUAGCAGGAUGGAAUGUUUCCGAUGCAAUGCCCCGAGGGACUCAGGUGGCAAGUCUCCAUAUUCAUCCUAGAUUUUCCAUUUUGGGUACUGAUGUCCAAAGAGAGAAUCAAGCAAGAUCGUCCCUAUGAUAUCCAAGUUACUCAUUUUGGCCUCUACCUCUAUUUUUUGUUCUCUUUUUUCUUCUUUUUGUUUCUAGUAUUUAUCUUCUUCUACUUCUAGGGACCUUUAGAUGAUGAGUCAUGGUUGAAGAUCUGAAUCACUUAGCAUUUGGUGAGCUCCCUUUUAUAUUUAGAAUAGGCAUGGAGUUCUGGACCUCUGGUGUAUCGAUCUAAUGUCAAGUGUCCGUUGUGUUUGCGAGAGUUUCUUGCCUCAAUAUUAUUUGAUGCAGGGUGCUCUCCUUUAUUUAGCUAAUUACAGUACUUUAUUACGAAUA